UAGAGCUUUCUCCAGUGGGCGGACUGAAGCGGUGACAGCGACGCUCGGAGUCUCCCGACAAACUGCCAAAAGCAAACAAACGCCAUGGCGGAGUUAGACUUGAGUCUGAGCGACGCUCUGGUGGACAGCGCUCCGCAGCAGGGUCCAGAAAGCCGCGUGGAGAGGGAUUUUGUGGCUCAGUUGGAGGCCGAGACGUUCGAUGAUCAAAUCGGGGAGACCGUCGGCAAGACGGACUACAUCCCCCUGCUGGACGACGAUGCCAAUGCGGGUACGGCACAGGGAAAUGGAGAACAGCAAGCUCAGGGGGUGCAAAAGCCUGGUUGUAAAGUGACCACAGGGGGGCAGACAUCAAUGUCACUCCCAGAGCAUCGGGGAGAUGGGCAGCCGCACAAAGUUGAUCCGCAGCAGUUCUUGGCAGCAGACUUCUUAUCUGCCUCUAUGCUCGGUUCCCCAGACCCUCCAACCUCUCCUUCCAACCCCGUCCAAAUGAUACAUUCAAGCCCGACAGGAUUAUUCUCAGGUUUUUCCCAGCCCGCGGGCCCGGGGUUGAAUAUGGAGGCGGGGACUGCAGCUCUCACCGCAGAGAAGCCUCCAAGUAUCGCCGAUCCUCUGCAGCCCUCACCCUCAGCAGGGUCAGAGGGCCCGAAAGUGCCCCACAGCCCCAUGCUGGCUGAACCACAAACUCCUCGCAGCCCCCCGGACCUGUCAGCAGGUGCCUUAGGUGACUGCUGGCCAGACCCGAUUGCCUGCCUUCCGACGGACCUCCCUUUCACCCCCAGUGUAACCUCUGUGAUCAGUCGUCAUGCUAACAAUCUCGCAAUGAUUCGCGAUGAGCCACCCAAGUCCUUGGCCGGCCGAGAAAGCGUCGCUUAUGCCGGAGGUGACGAAAGGGACGGAGAGGAAUCGGACAGGAAACAGAAGAAAAAGAAGAAAAGGAGACAGAAAGAGGAGGGAUCUUACGAACACUUCGAAAGCAAGGGUCACCUUGAAGCGCAGUCGCCUGGAGAAAGCGCUCCCUCAGCAGAGUUGUUCGACCAAAGGCCUGAACCGAAGCGAGAUAGUGGAGAGGGCGGAUGGGAGGAACAAAUUUGGAAGAGCGGUGGACGAGGCAAGAAGGGCAAAAGCAGGAAGAAGAUUCCCGAAGAGUGGGAAGUGUCUCCGGAGCCGUUUGCCACUUCAUCCGCAGGUCCAAUCACCCAAGACGUUCGGCAGGAUCUUGGAAGUUCAACUCUCCCAAGCAUGGAAUUCUCCUUUGCUGACCUAAAUACCAGCCAGACCCCCUGGAAAGAGGAGAUCUUUCAAGAGGAAGGCCUUGUGCCUUCUUCACUUUCCCAUGAUGUAUUGGCGCCUGCACCGGUUUCCAUCAGCCCACUGGUCUUGAACAGCGAGCUGAAAGCGACGGCGACUCCGUUCACUAUGCCCUGCUCUGCCGGCGCCGGGCCAGUUGACCCCUUCCCCGUGGCCGCUAGUCCCCGUGAAACGAUCGAAGCGCUGAUCGACACCGAGCCCGUCGGCUCGGGCGACGCGGUUGACAGUGGGAUGUUUGACAACACCGAUUCCUUCCAAGAGCCUGCUAUGCAAUCCCUCAUCGAUAUCGAAACCUCUGUUUUUAGCCCCUCGUCCCAGCCAGGCUCGGCCCUUUCCACCAACGGCGAGGUGUUUGCAUCGGCUCCGCCCCUUUCCCCUUCGGAUGCGUCGUGGCUCCUGAACAACUCCCACGCCAGCAGCAACAGCGAGCCGUUUGACUUCAGUGACGUGAGCGCUUCCGGUCAUUCCGUGGCCGUAGGCCUGGCAUUUGACAGCCCUUCCCCAGCCCCACUUCGUUCCCCUAAAACCGCCGCCCAGGAAGUCCAAAUCAUCGAGCACAAAAAUGAGCAGCCGGACAAGAAACCAUCCAAGAAGUCUCGUUCUUCCUCGACUUCCUCCGCUCAGAGUCCCACCACCACAGAAGCAAAGAAAUUAACUCCACAAGAAUCUCCGAGUGUUAGCCCCUCUUCCUCCCCGUUACUGGUCUCGCUUGGAACUCCGGCGUCUGGUCUUAACCCGGCAGCAAAGCCCUUCUUUCCCAGCUUUGCUGAUACCGUGGAACAACCGAGUGUGGUUUCCCCCAUCAUCGAAGACCAUGUUGCCAAGUCGAACGAAAAGGAGGAGAAGCCCAAGGUGGACCUUAUUGAUCCAGCUGAGCAGAGGAGCGUAAAGGUUGAAUUAGCAAUCAGUGAGCCAGCAGCCAUGGUGGAGAAAGAUUUCGGGAAAGAAAAACAAACGGAUCUCAAUUUGUGGAAAGAAGUUGAAAACGUUGAGCGGGAGGAAAAAGAGGCUGAAAAGGCAACGGAGGGAAAAGAUUUUCAGGUGAAAGAGAAAGCGACCGUGAAAGUGAUUGAGGAGAAAGACGCUGAAAAGGUUCCUCAUGAAAAAGAGGCAGUGAAAGUCAAAGAGGAGGAGUCUGAAAAGGUGAAGGCAAAGGUAGCAGAGGAGGCUGACGAAAAACGGAAAGGCAACGAGCCACAGAAAGUGGAGUUAUUAGUCCCACAGAAAAUAGAAAAAGUGGAUCCAGCAAGCAAGCCUGAUGAAGCUGCGGACAAAUUGGUCAAGGCAGAGACGUUUGACAAGGCAGAAAAAGUAGAAAAGGCGCCCAUGACAGACAAAGUCGAGAAAAAAGCAGAGGAGGCGGUAAAAAGUGUCGAGAACAAAGUCACCAAGACGACUGACAAGACAGAGACGAAGGGCAGCCAAGAGCAACACGUCCAACCCAAAGUGGAAAAGACCCCCGAGCAGCCGCCGACACCUGUCAAGCUUGACGCCGCUCCUGACAAGGCGGAAAAGAAAGCUGACGCGGCCGCCGCCGAUGUGGAAGAAGCCACCAAACCUUCGACUCAAACACACAAAGCCGAGAAAGAGGACGAAGCGCAGAAACUGUCGGAGAAAGCGGCGGAGGCAGCGAAGCAGAUCGGCGGGAAGGAAGAGAAGCGGGAGAAAUUGCCGAGUGACAAAAAAGUGGGGGAGAAAAAGGAUGACAAGAAGGAAAAGGCUGCGAAAGCAGAUGCAGGAGAGAAGGCCAAAAAGGCAAAACCUUCCACCAAUGGGAGCAGCGCCGCACCGAGCAAAGACUUGGCGAGUGCAGACAAGAAGACGAAGCCCAUUGCCGGGGUCACAAAACCGAGCACCAUGUCCAAAACACGGCAGGUCACAGCCGCUGCUGGUGGUGGCGGUGGUUCUACUGCGGCACCUGCUAAGCGCCCCGCUCCCUACUCAACCACUUCCACCUUAGAUAAAAAAACAGCAACCAAGCCACCAUCGGCAGCCGCUGGGGUCCCAAAGCGGGCCUCCACAAAUACCGCCAGCCGCCUUUCAUCCUCAGCCACUGCCGCUGCACGGGAUGUUAAACCCAAGACACCCACAGAGAGGCGACCCCUCGUGCCAAAGGCCAGCACUGCCACCUCAAGUCAUGCGGGCUCCUCUGCCACUGCGGGCUCCAAAAAUGGAACCACCACCACCACUAAAACGACCACAUCAACGCGCACAACGUUGUCAUCCCGCAGUGCGACCGCCACGGCAACCAAAAAGCCCCUGGGCUUGAAGACAGACAGCCAACCGAGUGGAGAGAAGAAGCCUGGCACUCUCAAGACUUCCACAGCAGCUGAUUCCAGCAAACCCAGGAGCACCACCACCACCACCGCGAUGCGCAGCUCCGUUUCCACGACAACCGCCGCCUCUCGCACCCGCACCGCCGCCCCGAAAACAAGCUCGUCUUCCACCACCGCCGGUGCGGUGACAGACAAGAAGCCCACGGUUCCUCGUGCUCCCAGGGCCACCUCCUCCACGACGACAACCACGACGGCAAGCACCUCAAGGACCACGGCCCGUCCCGGCACGGCGACGGCCCCCGAUAUCCACAACGCCCGCUCGAAGAUUGGCUCUACGGACAACAUCAAGCACCAGCCAGGGGGUGGGAAGGUGUCAGCUGCCUCUAAGGGCAGGGUCCCCGCCUCCAAAGAAAAAAGCCCGGUCAAAGUGAGUUCCUUCGCCAUCCUCCCCGUCGCCCUCUUUUCCUCCCUCCUCUGCUCUGACUGCCUUCAUAUUCCUCCCGUUUCGUAUCGUUUGAAUUCUCUUUCUUUGCCCACCUUGUUGUUUUCUCUCUGUUCACUUAUUUGGAUUCUUUUUGCGAGUUUAAGCUACAGAAGGGUGUCACAUCAACUAAAUUGUGCGCAAAAAGAUUUUCAAUAAUAGCAAUUUUUUUUGCACGUGAGGAGGGGUUAUCAUGUUGCGAUAACGACACUAAAUAGAAUUCAUGACCUCUGCCAACACAAAUGGACGGAAAAAAAACAAAAAUCUUCAGAUUACUUCGGCCCGUAUUUCUUCUUCCUUUAUGCGAGUCAUAAGAAAAAGAGUGCAUCGUUUUUACGCCUUCAUCCAAAUGAGAGCGAGAAAUGAAACCUUCCUUUCACAGUGUGACGGCCACUGCAAAGCAAAGCGUCCCGUCGUGUCAAUCAAAUGAUCACUUUUGCCCAAGUGAACCUUGCCGCAUCCGUCUGCGCUUUUCCUGGCUAACCAAAGCUUUGACCGUGACUUAUUCUUUCCUCUUUGCUCCUCUAUCCUUUCCUCCUCUCCCCCUCUCAAAUCACCUCCACCCGCCCGCUGCCGCUCCCCUGUCCAUCUCCGGCUGCUGUGCCGGCUCCGUUUAGGUUCAGAUAGUCUCCCAAAAACUGGACUUCAGUCACGUCGGCGCACGCUUGGGCUCCAAGGACAAUAUGAAGCACGUUCCUGGUGGAGGGAAU